ACAAUACAAUAAAAAUUCCUGCCGGUGCCCAGCGCAGCCAGCGUAAUGAGGCCAAUAAAGGCGUCCACACAAUGCUGAGUGCAGUGUAAGCGCUGGCUGUGCAGAGUCCAGGACGAGUGCACCGGCUGGAAAAUGCUGGCGAGCUGGAACAAAGCGGAGAGGCUGGCGCAGGCAGCCAGAGGGAGUGGCCCGUGUGACCCCGUGUCUGCGUAUCCGUGUGUGGCCGUCACCGAGCUUUACGAAGGAUGAGAUCGGGGAAGAAGUUCAAGUAUGGAAUAUACGAGCUGCUGCAGUUUUCGGCGCUCUGUGUCCCGCUCUUUGUGGUCAUGCAGAGGUUUGCCUCCAUCGUGGCCCGCGUCAGGAAGGCCCAGGGGCAACCGGUGGGUGACGCCAACACCGUUUACUGGCUCAUCGUGGCCUCCUCCAUUGCUUAUGUCACCUCGGUUGCCUUGGUGAUCUGGUUCCCCAUGAAGUACAUGAUAGCCAAGAAGAAGAAAUGCUUCAGGGAACGCAAAAAGUGGCGGCCCGUCCUCCUGGCCUACAUGAUCCUGUGCACACUGCCGUGCUUCGCCUUCUUGACCGCCGGCUCUCAGGUCCAAGUGUACAAUAACAUGGCCCCCCCCUCUCACGACACCCUGACGGAGCUCCCCGUGUCCUUGGUCAUCUUCUCACUCAUAAGCGUGGAUAUCAUUGAAAAACUGCGCAAGUUUCGUCUGAGGGGACAAAUACAAGAUGUCGAUGACCCAGUCAUGCUCGGCCCCGUCCUCACCCAUCUCACCCAAGUGGCCACCGUGUCGGGCCAGAUGAGGGGCUCAGCCGAAGACAACAUAAUGAGAGAAGCUAACGGGUCGGUGCCCGGAGUCCCAUCCCUGGAACAUGUGGCAAGGCCUCGGAGCAGCUCAGAGCACAGCACGCACACGGCCAGCAGCACCAACUAUGGCACCACGUACACGUCUUCGGGGCGCCUGCACUGCCUGACUGCCAGCGACCCGAGGGCCGUAAUCUUUGUGGAGAGUUUCAUCCUGUGGUUUGACACCGUGGAGCUCGUGCGGGUCGCCACUGUGCUGGAUGUCUCUGUUUCCGGAUGGCUCUUCCCAAUUUACAUCUUCAGCUACAUUUCUCUGCUGAGGUUGGUGCUGAAGCCCAGAAAUCCCAUGCUGAGCUCCUUGGGCGUUUUACUGCAGGACGUUCCCUUCCUCUUCAUCCGCGUCGGACUCGUCGCUGUUUUUGGCUACAUCACUCCGCUUCUGUUCCUUUUCAAAAACUUCCUGGUCUCUUUGACUUUUAUCUACUUCAAUUUUCUGACCCGUCUGAAGAUGUUCAACACCGAGCAGAUGUUUUGAUGACAUUCAAGUUAAAUAAACGCUGGGACAAGUGAGGAGGACAUGGACGAGGCUAACGGGGGAUGUAACCGGGCGGGCUUGUCCUGUUGGGUCUGUCACUGAGACAUUCACAUGUUGAUGGAGGCGAUUUGAUAACAUGUGCUGCCGGACGUGGGCUACGAUGACAUGAGUGUCCCAGUCUGUCCAUUAGGCCAUCUGCCUUCAAGAGGACAUUUACUGGGGACAAUGGCUGGCUGGGACUCUCUUUCUUCCUUUGUUUUUUUCUUAAUUGUUGUCUUCACUUAGUAAUCAUAAUGAAAGGCGCUAUAUGACUUUCUUUCUUUCCGUCUUUUUCAUUGUUGCCCCCCACCUCCUCAUAAUCCUGGCAUCAGAGGUGCCAUCUGGAAAGGCAGCCAUGAUGAAGGCAGACACCUGCAGCAUUGGAUGUAGAAGAAGGAGAACCCAGAAGCUCGAGGGUCACCAAAUAAAGACCCCCACCCCCCAACACUGUCA